GCUAGAGAUACCUGCAAAGCUGCCAAGUGUAUUACUGCAAGGGGUAUUCUUAGAUACCGAGUUAAAGUUCUUCGAUAGUCCUUAUAUCUGCUCGUUCACCAAUUAACGCCAAGGUCUCCCUUUAUCGGAGAUACUGAACUGGUCAAUAAAACGCCACAUUCAGUCAACGACUACGCUUUGAGAGGUGAAAGUUACUAAACCUAGGAUUCCGACAGAAAAGAAAAAUUAUACUGUUAUGUCUUCAGUUAACCUAGGUUCUUCUGCAUCGUCCCUAGAGACCCCCGACAAUGAUCAUCUCGAAAUCCCUAUAAUUGACGACAUUGAACCGCUGGCUGAUGUGGUCCGAAAGUUAUAUAACUACCUAACCUUGACUAUAUUCGAUGUCUCAUUUACAUUUGAACAGAUCGGGUCUACUCCCCAUGGUCAUAGCCUCAGGUUGCUCAUCAACUCAUUAGUGGAAAGCUCGCAUAACACAUACAUUAUACCUGCACUGAUGAUUCUGAAGUGGCAAUUUGAUAAUGCUGCUGACUAUGACUGGGGUGUAAGCGAAACCCGGGGAUACGCAUGUGAAUAUGUCGCCUGGCAGUUUGUCUGUCACCUCAAUCAGCGAGAAACAAUCGAAUACCUACUCGAGGAGCUCAUGUGGCCCGCACAGAAGGCCAUAAACCUUGCCCAAGCGGAAAGAGGCGCUUCUGGCUAUGCUUCUGCUGUUGGUGAUCAGAUAGCACCAGCUGAUGAUGAGAGAGCUCCUCUGCUGUUGGGUUCCUCUUCAUCUCUAUAUCGUUUUUUCGGCGGCACAAGGCGUAUAGGUAGCUCACUCGAGGACGAAAACCAAGGAACCUACGAUUCUUCUCAUGACGCUUACGAGCUAGAGAAGUUUUCCUUGUUUUUUGGUUUGAAUGCCCUUGAGAUCGCAACUAUUGCUCACGCAAAGAAAUUCCUUAGCCAGAAGGUCGUACAGAGAGUCAUUGAUCAUAUCUGGAAAGGGGAAAUCGUUUUCUGGGAUACCCUAAGUGUGCAUUCGAAGAAGAAACCACACUUCUUUAAUAAAAGAACGGCGGAUCCAUAUUCUCGGCUGCGGGUCCCAGUGUAUCGUAAAGCGUUUGAAGCUGCUUUCUUUGUCUCUUUCUUAGUUUUAUACUAUGCGGUUCUCGUUGAAAGAAAAGCUACUGGCAUAGGGAUUUUCGAAACCCUGAUGUAUUUCUGGAUCGCUGCCUUUGCUUAUGAUGAGGUGAGUGGAAUGGCAGAUGCGGGGAUGCUCUUCUAUCAGAUGGAUUUUUGGAAGCUCUGGAAUAUGGGCAUCAUAGGCACCGGGCUUGCCUUUGUCAUUGCGAGGACUAUCGGAUUAGCCAACGAUAGUGAAUACAUGACGGAUUUGUCAUUCGAUAUACUUUCGUUAGAGGCACUGUUCCUGGUCCCAAGGUUAUGCUCCCUUGUUAGCCUCAAUUCAUAUUUUGGGAGUCUGAUACCUGUUUUGAAAGAGAUGACAAAAUCGUUUUUCCGAUUUAUGCCUGUUGUAGUAGUUUUGUAUAUUGGGUUCUUGACAACGUUCACCAUGCUUGCCCGUGACCGACUUUCUCUUAGGCAAAUGUCCUGGAUCUUAGUGAAGGUGUUCUUUGGAUCGAAUGUGCUGGGCUUUGACAUCGCUCACGAAAUUUCCCCGAUUUUCGGCUACGGUUUGAUGCUAAUUUUCGUCUCGAUGACGAACUUGUUACUGAUCUCUUCUUUGGUCAGCUUGAUGAGCAUGAGUCUAGAGGGGGUCAUGGCUCAUGCUCGAGAAGAAUAUCUUUUUCAAUUAUCUAUUUAUGUGUUGGAAAGCAGUAAUUCCCGGAGACUAACCUAUUUUAUGCCACCAUUGAACCUCAUCCCCCUUCUCUGUAUCCGCCCAUUGAGGCUCUUUCUGCCCGCGGAGCACAUCCGCAGGGUGCGCAUUGUUCUUCUGAAAGCAACCCAUCUUCCGUUUGUUGCACUUAUCUGGGCUUAUGAAUCUAGCCGCCGCUAUGUCUCGCGGCGAGAUAGUCAAUUCCCCCCUACAGGCACAACGCGGGGGAGCAGUCGUCCCGUAUCAUCGAUUCAAACGGGAUUGGGCCUCUCCACAACUGACAUUCGUUCUCUAGGUUCUGGCAGGACCAGAAAACAACCUAACCCGGGGCCGUACCCUGGAGCGCAUGGACGAAACCCGGGCCAGGCCGGGAGUGUUGACCUCGCAGAAAUGAUCGACGAGGUGGAACGGUUGCGCACUCAAGUGGAGCGAGUGGCAGCUACCAUGGCCUUUCACCACCGAGUUCAAUAAUGAACGUUCGGGGGAAAAGAAAAAGAUUGGGGGAUAGAGAAUGUGGACUGCCGGGCAAGGCGAACGGACCACUGCCAUAUACACACGCACAACAAACCGGUUCUAUAGCCUAAAGAGUUAGCGCGAGACCCGGCCAUUGACCAUUUCAAAAUCGGCAAUGAUCUAAAGUAGAUUGUUAUUGAACAAUCUAUGUUACUAUGGAGUAUGGCAGCCUAGAUAUGUG